AUAUACACUAUAUGUGUGUUUAAUUUUUUAUAUACACAUAUAAAUACAAAAAAGAUGUUUGGUUAUGUAACACUAUAUGAAUCCGCGUUGAACGAUCAAACCGCCCACCCAUCAUCCUUUCUCGAUAAGAGUUUGAUUCUUUCUUGCGAAAUUUUUGGUGGCAAUAGACUGUGGGGCUUCAUGGGUGUUCAGAAAGUUGGGAACUUUGAUGGGUGAUUUCAGUCUGUGAUAAAAGCAAAGGUGGGAAUUUUGUGCUGCUGAUUUCUUGCUGAUCAGGGUCAGGGAUGGGUUGUAUAUACUCAAAGUCCUCGGCCGUGGAUGAUAGCCGUGAGAGUCCGAAAGACCGGGUCUCAGCGAGCAAGCGGUCCUCCGAGCUGAAGGAUCCCAUCCCCCGAUUGGAUUCGGCGAGAAGGGGAAGUGGAUUCAGGGGCAAAGACAAGAGUGGGGAUGUGAGCGUUGUACUGAUCGAUAAGAAGGUGAAUGGCUCCAGGCGGCUGUAUGAUGAUGACGGUGAGAUUGAGAAGAAGAUCAGUCUAAUUGAGAAGCAGAGGACGGAGAGAGCGGAGUCUUUGGCUGCAGAUAGUAACCUGGUCUCGGUCCCCUGUCGUGUCCCAAAGGCUGCAGAAGGCGAGCAGGUGGCUGCAGGAUGGCCCGCUUGGUUCUCUGCAGUGGCUGGUGAGGCCAUCAAUGGAUGGCUGCCUCGGCGAGCUGAUACAUUCGAGAAGCUAGACAAAAUUGGCCAAGGAACUUAUAGCAGCGUAUAUAGAGCCAGAGAUGUUGUUAGCAAUAAGAUCGUUGCUCUCAAAAGAGUUAGAUUCGACAAUCUAGAUCCCGAGAGUGUCAAGUUCAUGUGCCGGGAAAUCAUCAUGCUGCGCAGGCUCGACCACGAGAACAUAAUAAAGCUGGAGGGCUUGAUUACAUCCCGUAUGUCCUGUAGCUUAUAUUUAGUAUUCGAAUACAUGGAGCAUGACCUUACAGGGCUUGCAGCACGCCCUGGAGUAAAAUUCACGGAACCUCAGAUCAAGUGUUACAUGCAGCAGCUCUUGAGUGGGCUUGACCACUGUCACAGGCGCGGCAUCCUUCAUCGUGAUAUUAAGGGCUCGAACCUUCUCAUUGACAACAAUGGAAUCUUGAAAAUUGCAGAUUUCGGGUUAGCGAGUUUCUUCGAUCCCAAUCGUUCCGUUCCAUUAACAAGCCGAGUGGUGACUCUAUGGUAUCGGCCUCCAGAACUUCUCCUUGGGGCAUCUCAGUAUGGAGUCGAAGUUGAUUUAUGGAGCACUGGGUGCAUACUCGGUGAACUGUACACUGGGAAGCCUAUCUUGCCAGGAAAAACAGAGGUGGAGCAGUUGCAUAAGAUUUUCAAGCUCUGCGGUUCACCUUCUGACGACUACUGGAGAAAGUUGCACUUGCCUCAUUCGGCUGUUUUCAGGCCUCCACAACAUUAUCGAAGAUGUAUUACGGACAUAUUCAAGGAACUUCCUCCUGUUGCCAUCGGCCUUAUAGAAACGCUUCUUUCGGUAGACCCAUCGCAGAGAGGGACUGCCACUCUCGCUCUUAGGAAUGAGUUCUUUACGGCAAGUCCUAUUGCUUGUGAUCCUUCAAGUUUGCCGAAGUAUCCACCUAGUAAAGAGAUUGAUGCCAAAUUGCGGGAGGAGGAAGCCAGGAGAAAGGGAACAACGGGAGACAAGAACCAGGCUUCAGAAAAGAAGCUUCCCCGAGAUUUUCGGUCUAAUGCCGAACAAAUGCCAACGAGGCAGCCCCGUUCAAUUUCAAGGAGCCGAGGUGAAAUGUUCAGCUCUCAACAAGAGAAGACGAUCUCAGGAUUCCUGGUUGGUCCGCCUAAAGAACCGCGGGGCUCGAGGGAACCAAGGAAAGACCAGGGCGAACAUUGUCAGAACCGAGCGUCGUACUCUGGCCCACUGGUCCCUGGUUACGGACUCGGAAAGGUCCCCAAAGACCUGGACCAUUCAAAUACCAUCUCGUCAAGAUCCAACUUAUCGACACUCUCAGGGCUAGUAGCCAGUAGGACUGGAGACUGUAACCAAGAAAAGUCUGGUCCUUCAAUGCCCGACUCAAUGAACAAAGUUGGCAGGUUCUCUGGACCAAUAAAUGGAAUGGAGCCUAUUGUCAGGAGGCAGGAUAGUAAAUAUCAGUCCAGGCGAAACGCUGAUGCUCGUUCAACAGAAGAAGGCAAAGCCAGUAUCAAAGAAUCGACCAUGCGUUCCCGUGAAUCUGGAGGAAACAAGAUUUACCUCUCGGGCCCACUUCUUGUCCCGUCGAACAAUGUCGAUAAGAUGCUCAAGGACCAUGAUCGGAGGAUCCAAGAAUUUGCGAGGCGGGCCCGGGUCGAUAAGUCAAGGAUCAACAAGGAUCAGACAGCAAGUAAGUACCUGUCCAGGCAAGUACCAGGGUAGAUGGCCAACAACGCCAUUGCACAUAAUCCUCGUUACAUUUGUGCCGUAAAACGGGCACAACCUAGGAGCUAGAGGAAGUUCAUCUUCAUUGUAAAAUUAUUUUUCCGUGCAUAGCAGGAACUCGACGUUAUAGCUCCUUACGUUCCCCAUUCGUUGGUAGCAAUGCGGGAGCUCUUGCCAGGAAGAGUCUUAAUAGAAUUUUAGUAAUAUAUAUAUAUAUAUAUAUAUACACUCCAGAGAAAGUUAUAGCAGACACAGAAAUUGGGCAAUGUGGAAGCAGAUCUCAUGGACACUAAGCCGCUGCCCCGUGUAUUUGGAAAAUUUAUGCAACGGAAUUUGAGAGUGAAAAUUCAUCGCA